AUGACAUCUACCUCUACCCCUUCAGAUGCAAGCUCCACAAUAUCCAUCGAAACCAUCACAGGAAUCGUCAUUGGAGUUGCGGGAGGCGUAGCUGUGGUCGCAGUUGCAUGUUUCUAUUUGCGGUGUUGGUGGAGACGUAAAGGAAAAUGUGCGAGGGUUCGCAAGAGCGGGAGAGGAGUAGAUCCUGAAGAAGAAUUUGUGUCGGGGGUAUCAAACUUUAGCAUCCAUGAUCGACUCGAACAGUACAGUCACAGGCAACAACCAUCUGUAUCUCUCGAACCCCUCCUUCUCCCUUCUCCGCCCCAUGCUUCACAGGAUACCAUCCCGGGAGUCUCAGCUCCCCAAAUACCACUAGACUGGUCUUAUCACCCUCCCAUCCUACCCAACACAUCAACAGAUCACAACUAUUUCAGCCUCUACGACACUGACGACCCAUUCGCCCGCAUCCAAAGGGCAAUACCCCCCACAUAUCCUGCACACCACCGUGACAUGCCCGUGUCUACGCGCAGGGUAUCGCAUGAAGUACCGCUUGAACAAUAUUCCAGGCACACAGCUAAGAACCCCGGCCCAAAUUCCCCGCUUUUCAUCAAUCGCACUCUGACCCGUCACUCGGGUCCGGACUUUUUCCCAGGUCGGGCAAGCACUUUCCCGUUUUCGUCGGCAGACCCUCCCCAAUCCAUAUCUUCUCAAAGCGGAAGUGACACCAGUACUGUUCAUUUGUUUGCAGAGGCGCCUCUACCCACACCUCCACCCAAGCCGCGGAUAUCAAUUCUCAGUCCACUAGCCGAACAUACUAGUACUCCACGAGAGGUACAGCCCCAGACAGCAGGUAGCGAAGUCGACGCUUACAGCCACGAAUCCAUCUAUUCACAAGAAUCCGCACAACAUCCCUCCCAUCCUCCGGAACCCCAGCUACCAUCCCAGUCAUCAAAAAAGAGCAGAUCAUCCCAGAGAUAUUCAAGGUCGCUGACACUAUCAGACCUAAGCCCCGUUAUCGAAGGUUCGACAUCAAUGAGCGAGCCUCCCUCCAAUGAUAUCUCAGAAAUGCAGAAAAGGCCGUCUCUCACAUUCUCAGAACUCGAAAGAUCAUCUUCCCUCUCAGUCGCACUCUCUCACAACACACCCUCUACAGCCCCCGAAUUCACUUCGUUUCCCCUCCUUUCAUCUAACGAUGCAUUCAGAAAGAGCGGUUACAGCGCAUCGACAUUAUCUCCCUCGAGCAGCCGAGCGACGAGGUAUCCUUCAUUGGCAGCGUCCUCGUCUGGCUCGAAUCCUCCCUCUAAUUCAGCCACCGAGUGGCAACGUCCACCAGCAGGCCUCAGUGCGCUCACAUGUCUUCAAACAUUAGAUCUCCCAAAUCCACACGCACCAACACUGGAGAUCCCCAAAGUGCACACGUUACCCCCCGCUCAUCGACAACCACUUACAGCUGACGACGAGAAAGCACCACUCACAGCUCACCUGCGUGCGCAUUCGCCAUGCUGCGUGCCAGAAGUUGAGCAAAGAUCGAUUAUACAAUGUGGUAUUGCAAGUAUCGAUGUAACACUAUAA